AGAGGGCAAGAGGGGGGUAGGAACGGGGGACCCCAGUAAGGUAUAUGAGGGCCUCAGUUCGAGCAACCGCUGGUACUCUAGCCUCGCUGCCUACUUACAUUCACACACACUAACACACCAACCACCUGGAACACAAUGCGCACGGUCGCGACGGUACUAUUACUGGUAGCUGCCAUACUAGUAGUAUCGGCUCAGCAAUACCAGCAACCAGAUGCCAACUACGUAGACGAAUACUCAGCAUACGAGUCUCCAAGACCGACUCAUCCGACUCCCCGAAGUUAUGCCGCUAAUUCGGCGCCAAAUCGGCAAUCGGCUGGCCCCACAACCCCAAAACCAACCCCAGUGGCCAUCCUGAAGCAGAUCAACAGGCACAACGAGGACGGCUCGUACACGUACGGGUUCGAAGGCGCGGAUGGGUCUUUUAAGAUCGAGACGAAACUACCAACCGGAGAGGUGAAGGGUAAAUACGGAUUCGUCGAUGACACCGGCAAAGUACGUGUAGUCGAAUAUGGAGCGAAUCAAUACGGUUUCCAACCCGCUGGCGAGGGUAUCACGGUUGCACCACCGACUCUGGUCGACGACACCACCAGCAAAGAAGCUCUGCAAGCACAAAACUACCAAGAGGAAUAUCAACAACCGGCUGCCAGACCUGCGCCACUCCGAGCAGUCGCGCCUGCGCCAGCACCUCGCCCUGCACCCCUUCAACAGAUUCAAUACGGACAGCCAGCUUACCAACAGCCCCAAACUCACACCGAAGCCGUCUAUUCACCGCAACUGGCGCCCAGACAGCAGCCAAGUCUUCCGAAACCACCAAUUUUCACGCCUGCUGCUCCUCAAUCACCGCUCACUAAACAAACCACUCUCCUUCAGCCUGAAGAACCAGCGCCGCCAUCUCAAUUGUAUAAUCAGGGACCAGCCCAGUUUGGCCCUGCUCCUGUUCAAGAACACCGUUCCCAGCCACAACCUCGUAGCCAAAGCGGCGGCAUCCUUGAUCAAUUAGCUAGGGAUUAUGCUCUGCCACAGGGCGUCGCACCACCGUUGCACGACAUCAGCUUCGGUUAUUACUAGAUCCUCUAGUCCCUCCCGUGUUCGUCAGGGUGGUCCCCGUGCGUUUUGAUCUGUCCGUAUUGUCUGAAGACGCGAUGCUUCGAUGGCGCACCCUUUUCGCCGUGAUCGCGGCGUGGCCCAUCGGUAACGAUGGGUGGCACUGUGAUUCGUACGUCGCGCGUCGAUUAUUACCGAAGAGAAUAUCGAGAAUUUAAGACACAUUGCAAUCCAGCGAGGAAAUUGAAUCGAAAUCGAUAAUUUGAUUAUUGUUUCUAUUUUCUUCAUUGAUAUUUUUUUUUCUUUUUGUAAAAUAAGAGAAUAAGGUGAAGGUUCUUGAAUUUUUCUUCGGUAAUAAGCAAAUCGCUGUCAUGGCUGCCUACCGAGUCGAACUUUUGUUUCUUUCGAUGAAGGUACGAACCCAUUCUUGCCAUUGGAAUCAAAUGUGAUAAGCAUGUUUGAUGAAACGUGCAGUGGAAAUGUAAAGAAUGAUCUCUAAGUAUCUGUUCAGAAUAAUUAUUAGUAACGAAACCUAUAUCGAAUGGAAUCAUUUUAUCUCUUUUUUAAACUUUAUUUCUCCAAUCAGGAUCUUCUAAGGAGAGAUUCCGAAAGGUCAAGGAUUCUUUCAUUUCCGUUUCGCGAAUAGCCUUUUCACGUAAAACCCUGUCAAAAUCAUUAACCCUGUGUGUAAGGAAGGUUGUAAAAAUGUUGUAAAUAAAAAUUCCACAUUCCACGGUAGGCUUCCGUGCUGGUUUUAGUCUUAGAGAACGCAGCUUGCACACGCGUCAUAAGUGUACCGUUACAAUUUCAUUUCAAGGAGACCCUCACUUUGUCAAGCUGUGUCUUCGAGUUCGUGUCUCACGGGACUGCACAAUAAAAUUCAGCACGCUUACUAUUAUAUUAUAUUUUAAUUAUAUUAUUAUAAGGUAAAUUAGAUUGGAAUAAAUCGCGAGGCCAACACAACACCUUUUAUAAUCGUAACUCUAAUAUACUGCCCUUCAAUGAAAAUUCGAAAUAUUUUCACCCACGAUUCAUUAUAUAAUUUACACAAGUUGAAGGUAAAUGUUUCGUUUUAAUUUUGUUAAUGAUUGUAAUGGAGGUAGUAGAGGCGAAAGAAAUAUUAAUAAACGUUUCCAACUUAGAUCGAAUUAAAACUA